UGUCCCGAGCCGAGGAUGCCGCGGGGCAGCGGGAAGAGAAAAGCCUCCGGGGGUGGGGAGGCUGCGAAGAGGAGGGAGGAAGAGGAAGAGGCGGCGGGGAGGCUGGAGGCAGCGCUGCGGGAGGCCCGGCGGGCGGCGGCCCCGUCGGUGUGGGAGUUCAGGUACAACAAGAAGCGGGUCCGGCUCGUCUCCCGGGGCCCCGAGCUGAGGGAGGACGCCAAAUGCAUCCUCUACUGGAUGUCCCGGGACCAGCGGGUGCAAGACAACUGGGCUUUCCUCUAUGCCCAGCGCCUGGCCCUCAAACAGGAGCUGCCUCUGCGCGUCUGCUUCUGCCUGGUGCCCAAAUUCCUCGGUGCCACCAUCCGCCACUACGGCUUCAUGCUGAGGGGGCUGCAGGAGGUCAGCAAGGAGUGCACGGAGCUGAACAUCCCCUUCCACUUGCUGCUGGGCUAUGCCAAGGACGUGCUGCCCCCCUUUGUGGUGGAGCAAGGCGUGGGAGGGCUGGUGACAGACUUCUGUCCCCUGCGUGUCCCCAGGCAGUGGGUGGAGGAUGUCAGGGAGCGGUUGCCCGAGGAUGUGCCCUUUGUGCAGGUUGAUGCUCACAACAUCGUGCCCUGCUGGGUCACCUCCCCCAAGCAGGAGUACAGCGCCAGAACCAUCCGAGGCAAGAUCCACAGCCAGCUCCCGGAGUUCCUCACCGAGUUCCCUCCUGUCAUUCAGCACCCGCAUCCCCCGUCCUGCCUCGCAGAGCCCAUCGCAUGGGACGCCUGCUACUCCAGCCUGCAGGUGGACCGCUCAGUGGCGGAGGUGGAGUGGGCGACCCCUGGCACCUCCGCGGGGCUGGCUGUGCUGCAGUCCUUCAUCGCUGAGCGGCUCAAGUCCUUCGGCUCCCAGCGGAAUGACCCCAACAAGGCGGCUCUCAGCAACUUGUCUCCUUGGUUCCACUUUGGCCAGGUGUCCACCCAGCGAGCCAUCCUGGAGGUGCAGAAACACCGGCGUGCGCACAAGGAGUCGGUGGAUGCGUUCGUGGAGGAGGCCGUGGUGCGGCGGGAGCUGGCUGAUAACUUCUGCUACUACAACGAGAACUACGACAGCCUGCAAGGUGCCUACGACUGGGCACAGACCACCCUGAAGCUCCACGCCAAAGACAAGAGGCCUUUUCUCUACGAGCUGCAGCAACUGGAGCAGGCCACCACGCACGACCCGCUCUGGAACGCUGCCCAGCUGCAGAUGGUUCGGGAGGGCAAGAUGCACGGCUUCCUGCGGAUGUACUGGGCCAAGAAGAUCCUGGAGUGGACCCGCUCCCCCGAGGACGCCCUGCGCUUUGCCAUCUACCUCAACGACCGCUACGAGCUGGAUGGGAGAGACCCCAACGGCUAUGUAGGCUGCCUCUGGUCCAUCUGCGGCAUACACGACCAGGGCUGGAAGGAGCGGGAGGUCUUCGGGAAGAUCCGCUACAUGAACUACUCUGGCUGCAAGCGCAAGUUCGACGUGGACCAGUUCGAGCGCCGCUACGCCCACCGAGAGCUCUCCCAGUGACAGCAGUGCCUGGGAUGCAAGGGGUGAGAUGGGUCGUACUCCUCCCUGCUUGGGGUGGAUGUUCCUUUGUCAUGGUGCUGGCUCACACCUAACCUGGGAUAGCCCUGGGUGCUGCUGGAGGGCUCCUAGCAGUGGCAAGCCCCAGGGUUUUGCAGGUUUCUGAUUUCUGUUACCCCCAGCUAGAAAUGAGGCAGCUGUGCAGGGCUUGCUGCAGGCAGCAAGGUGCAAUCCUCAGCCAGAAA